AUGCAUCUUCACAAAAUUGAUGCAUUUUACAUAACUGAUAAUGUUAAGGUAGAACUAAUACAUGAAUCGAAUCCAUUUUUUGCAGGGGAACCCAUAUCGAUUAUUGUGAGGAUAAAGCAUUUGGGGUCUCUAAGAGAAAGAGACCAUUUGGAAACUACACUAAAUAACUUGAAUGGGAAAAUACAGAGGAUACGACAGGAAAAUAGGGAAAUCUUAGAAAAUGAAAUACCAGAAAGUAAAUGGUCACUAAGAAAUAUGUUUUCGAAGAAGAAUGGUGAUGAGUCUGCUCAAAAUGCAACUGAUAGUAAUUUAACAUUGAUCACAGAUGUCAAAGAACAAUUGGUAUUGCUAGAAAAAAGCAGAGAAAGACUGACAAAAGAUCUGAAAUUCAACUCCAUAGUAAAUUUUGUCUCUUGCUACUUACAGGUAAGUGGUAAGUUACAAUACGACAAUUCCAUAAUAGAUAAAAGUACCUUCAAAUCAAAUGAUUCUAAGCUAUUAGGAGUAACAUAUGCCGAUUCAACUGCAAAACAGUUAAAUGAAGAAUCUAUAAGCAAAUCUGAUAAAUAUGUUAAUUCUGAAUACGCUAAUAUAACAGAAGGCUUGCGGUUUGGGUAUAGAGAAGAUGAAAAGAUUAUAAAUGAUACUAACAUCUCUAUGGGAGCCAAUGAUAGAGAAAAUUCUAAUGCCGAGUAUGAACAAGUUCCGAUAUUCUUGAUUCCACAAACUUUAAUUUUCUCUGAAAUCAAUUUAGAACCAGGGGAAGCAAAAACUUUCUUAUUUAAGUCUCAACCUUUGAAUAAAGAAAUUUGUCCAACAUACAUGCUUUCAAACUUUCUCUCAGUUCUUUAUGAUGCCGAGUUUGGUAUAACUGGUGUUGUUGAUGGUAAUCUUAUUCCUAUUGCUAAAAAAGUUCCUAUUUCAAUUGCACCAUAUGUAUUAGAAGGUGGUAUGCAGGCCUCAUCUGUUCUAAAUCGCCCUGCCGUUAUUCAGGGUUCUGGAACAGUAAAGGAGAUUAAGUCAUCACCCUCUUCGAUAAGAAGAGCAUCUGCUCCACAAAACCAUGUCUCUAACACUUUAGAAAGGAGAUAUUCUGUUGAAAGAAGAAGCUCGUUAUAUGAAAGGAGACUAUCUAUUAAUUUUGAAAGAAAAAACUCAAACCCAACAGUUGUUGAUGAUAUUGAACCUGAGAGAUUAUCUUUAAUGAAAGAAAACUUUAUUAAGAUUAUCAGUGAUAAAGAGACAAACUAUGAUGAUAUUGAUAAGCUUGUGGAUAAUUUAGUCGAGGUUCAAUUUGAUAAAGACGAAAAAGACAAGGAUUCCAAGCCUGACAUUGAACUUGAGGAGGAACACAAAAAUGAGGAGUAUGUGGUUACGAGGAAGAGAAGUGACUCUGUGCGUGAUCACAUUGCAGAACUACAGAACACUCCUAAUAUGCAAUAUAAUGUGGAGUCGUAUGUCAUUGAUGGUGUCACGAUGAUCCCACAACUUGCUAACUUACAAAGUACAUAUCAAAUUAACAGGAAUGGUGAAACAAUUGCAAAGGUAGUUUUUUCAAAACCAUUCUUUAUGACUUCAGAUGAUAUUGAUAUAUCCGUGACCUUAGAUGAUUGCGAUGAGAGGCAAACUAGAAUAACUGGUAUUUCUGCCAUACUUCAAUCUUUUGUACUACUGAAUCCUCGAUUUGCUGUUGAUAAAACUUCAAAGGCAGCAAGACCAAAAGGAAAAACUGUUGCAGUCGAUAACUCUAUAAGUUUUGAUGACUUCACAUCAAUCUCGUUCAAGUUGAGUCCCUCUAAGACUCCGACAAACCAUAUUGCUGGUCAAUUUAAAUCUGAUAUUUUCCAACACAAAUGGAUGGUGCUUCUAAAAUUUGUAAUACAAAAACCUAUUGAAGAUGGUCACUUAGAACAAUUUUAUGAAGAUAAGAAGGGUAGGUUAUUUCAUGCCAAAGAAACUAUGGAAGGAGAGGAAUUUUCCUGCCACAUUCCAAUUCCUAUAAUUACUGCCUCUCAAGAAUUCGGUGGAUGGUGA